AUGUCAGAGAUUCGUAGCUAUUACGAUGUCAUAUCAGACUUGUCCUGCUUUGAAUCUUCAGAUAAGGUAUCUUUCACUCGUGAGCAGCUCUCAGAAUUAGUGCAACAGGAAGUUGACAAUCGAGCAGCAAGAGAUGAUUUAUCGAAAUCUAGCAUCGAUUUUGAUGCUUCCAAGAGAAUUCCGAUGCACUCUUACCUAGGGCCGCUUUCUGCGCAAGAUGCAGAAGAGGCAUCAAAGCAUCUGGGAGUUUAUAAUCUAAAUCAUACGCUCUUAGGGGGAUACGUGCCCCGAAAUCAGCUCGAAUCGCUUUCGAGUACUGAUUUUGCACACUACUUGCAUAAGGUGCUAGAAUGUGAAGGACCGCUUGAGUCAUAUGCAAAAUAUGUGAAUGUUGGGAGAAUUCCCAUAGGGUCAGUGGACCCCGCGAAUGAAUCACCUGUUCCUCUUACUGCAAGGGCACCUACGCAGGUUCAAUUACCUGGGUCGCUGGGCUCGGCGCAAGGAAUUGGGAAGACACAGACACCAAGUAAUAGUGCUACGCCAUCUAUUGGAACACCACCAGUCGUUAAUACGACGAUCAAGAAGGCUGGCGAAUCACAUGUGAAGAAAGUUGUACUGUGUAAAUUGUGCAAGAAAAGGUUUAGCGGGCCUAGACGGUUCACGGAGUUUUCUAACCAUAUGUGCAUGAAAGGAUAA